AUGGAACCGCAUCGCAGCUGGCCGCAUCAGGGCGGUGGGAAUAGCAAUGAGUCGCAGAGGCCUCCCGGGGCGGGCUUUGGGUGAGUACAGCUCCCAAUGCAGUUAGAGAUGGGUGGUGAGGACGGCGAGGACGUGGUGUGUCCUUCCUCUGCCCUCCCUCCCUCUCAUUCCACAUGCGUCGUCGUAUAUCUUCCUUCAGUUGCGUCGCAUUGCAUUGAAGCGUCAGAGAAUGGACAUGGCUGACCAAGGCGCCUUCUGCAGACCCGGCACGCCGCAGCACCCAACACAGCAAUCUCCGCCCAGCGGGCCGAGCGGUGCAGGCGCGGCAGGUGGGCUGCCACCGCCCGGCAGCGCCUUCCCUCCCUUCCACCAGCACCAGCACCCGCACUCGCACCCGCACCCGCACCCGCACCAGCACCAGAGCCACGCACACAGCUUGGCGAAUCUGGCCGGCAUCAGCCAGGCCUCGCCGCGACAGGCUCCCUCGCAGUCCGCACAUCGCCCAGACGAAGCUCAGCCUCGCCCGCCACCUGCUGCUCCCGGUGCAUUUGGCUUGCCCAGUCUGAGCCAGGCCACCGGUCAGCCACCCCACGCCGCCGCCGCCGAGCGAGAAAGAGAGCGCGAGAGGGAUCGCGAGAGGGAUCGCGAGAGGGAGAGAGAAGAGCACAGGAUACACAUCAAGGAAGAGGAGGACCGCAGACAUCGCGAGCAAGAACGCCAACGCCUGGAACAAGCCCCGCCACACCAGGCCCAGCAAGGCCCGCCAGUACACCUGCACCAGCCUGUCGCUGUCGGUCCGAGGACUGUUCACGGUCCUAACGGUCUGCUAGGCAAUCCGCAACUCGCUGGACCUGGACCUGGACCUGGCCCUGGACCGCAGUCACAACAACAUCUACCGCUAGGAGCCCCCACGGGCCCUGGCAACAUCUUCGCAGGUGGUCCAGUACAGCCCGCGCAAGGUCCCGGUUCUCAGCAGAUGCAGCCGGGCCUACUCGCACCCUACGGACCCGGAGCUCAAGCGCCUCCCGCACAGCAGCAGCAGCCACCACCUCCGGCCCAACAGCAGCAAAUGGGAGGCCAGCCGCAACAGCAGGGACAAGGGCAAGGACAGCAGCCCAUCCUGAACGACGCGCUCAGCUACCUCGACCAGGUCAAGGUGCAGUUCGCCGACCAUCCAGACGUCUACAACCGCUUCCUCGAUAUCAUGAAAGAUUUCAAGUCUGGCGCAAUAGAUACCCCUGGCGUCAUCGGCAGAGUCAGCACGCUCUUCGCUGGAAACCCGGAGCUUAUUCAAGGCUUCAAUACCUUUUUACCCCCUGGCUACAGGAUCGAGUGUGGAACUGGAGACGACCCGAAUUCGAUCCGCGUGACGACGCCCAUGGGCACCACCGUCAGCAGCAUGCCGCAGCCACGGCCAUUGAGCCGACAAGAAGGCGGCGAGAAUUAUCGCCCCUCGAACGGAACGUACACCCCGCAGCCCGGAGGUGGAGGCGCACAGCAAUGGAACAGCCCCAGCGCGCGAACGGUUGGACCUGCUGCGCCUGGUCAGCACUUGUCGUCAUUGGAAGCUGCACGCCAACAGCAAGAACAGCAGGCCAUUCACCAGCAGGAGCAGCGCGGUGUGAUCACCCUUCAAAGCGCUGUCUCUGCCGCGGCAGGCGGCGCUGGUCUCCGAGCGGGAAUCUCACCGCGUGCGACGCCAAUGCCUGCCGGUGACGGCGGAGCUGGCGCUGAGGGCGUUGCGCCAGAGAAACGUGGCCCGGUCGAAUUCAACCACGCUAUCAGUUACGUCAAUAAGAUUAAGGUGAGUGAGUUUGAGAAUACGGACGUGACGAGCACAAUAGAUCUUGGCGCACAAACCGCUUGUUGUUUGCGUUGUUCCUAUUGUCCCAGCGGCACGCUCGCCCGUCAGGUCAGCCGAGACGACAUCACCAACUGACUUUAUUUCCUAUUUAGAAUCGCUUCGCAUCACACCCGGACAUCUACAAACAAUUCCUCGAAAUCCUGCAAACUUAUCAGCGCGAAUCCAAACCGAUACAAGACGUAUACUCACAAGUCACACACCUCUUCAAGACAGCGCCGGAUCUCCUCGAGGACUUCAAGCAAUUCCUUCCCGAAUCCGCCGCGCACGCAAAACAAGCCGCAGAACGCGCGCGACAGGAAGCUGAAAACAACGUCAUGACUUCCAACGUACGUGGAGAAGGCGGCGGCAUGUACGGUAGUCCAGUCAUGUCUCGCGAGCCUCACAUGGGUACGCCAGGCCAUGGAGGCAAAUUGCCGCCGGUCGGCAACUUUGCUCCUACGCCCGCCUCCAAGGACAACAAGCGCAAGCGCGAACAGCGUCAAGGCACGGCCGGCGCACCGGACGGUGUCGUGGCACCGAGCAACUCAAAGCCACAUCCAGGACAGGCAAACAAGCGCGUGAAGACGGGUGCUGGUCAGGCUCUGAGCCGACCCAACGAACAGCCGCCAUCGUCUCCUUCCCUCAUUCCUUCACUGCCCACGCCACUUGAGCCAACGACUACAUCUGCCGCCACGAGCGAGGAGCUCGCAUUCUUUGACAAGGCCAAGAAAGCCAUUGGCAAUAAGGGUGUCAUGAAUGAGUUCUUGAAGCUGUGCAACCUCUUCAGCCAAGAUCUCAUUUCGCGCGAAGUCUUAGUCUUCCGCGCACGAGCCUUCAUCGGGAGCAAUCCCGACCUCAUGAAAUGGUUCACCGACUGGCUCGGCUACGAUGAGCGCGAUGUCGUCGUCGAGAACAAGCCUCGUGUGCCAACGGGCAGAGUCAUGCUCAGCAACUGCCGAGGACUCGGCCCGAGUUACCGUCUACUACCCAAGCGUGAGCGUCAGAAGCCAUGCAGCGGCCGCGACGAGCUCUGCAAUUCCGUGCUGAAUGAUGACUGGGCGUCCCAUCCUACUUGGGCCUCCGAGGACUCCGGCUUCAUUGCGCACAAGAAGAAUCUGCACGAAGAAGGUCUCCAUCGUAUCGAAGAGGAGCGCCAUGACUACGACUAUAACAUUGAGGCAUGCAGCCGCACCAUACAGCUGAUUGAGCCCAUUGCUCAGACUCUGAGGAGAUUGCCAGACAAUGAGCAGAAGGAAUACCGACUUCCACACGGCCUCGGUGGACAGAGUGAGACCAUCUACAAGCGAGUCAUCAUGAAGCUUUAUGGCCGUGAGCGAGGAUCAGAGGUCAUUCACUCACUGCACGAGCGCCCGUACCAAGUCAUUCCGGUAGUUCUCAACCGACUCAAGGAAAGACUGGAGUCGUGGAAGAUGGCCCAACGCGAGUGGGAGAAGGUCUGGCGUGAGCAGACGCAGAAGAUGUUCUGGAAGUCGCUUGAUCACCAGGGUGUCGACAGCAGAAAGAACGACCGUCGACAGUUCCAAACAAAGGCCCUGCAGAGCGAGAUCCAGCUCAAGUACGAAGAAGGCCGUCGCCAAGCGCAGCUCAAUCCUGCGCUCGUACGCAAGCCACAGUAUGAAUACGCUGUGGGAAACCCGGACGUCAUUGUUGACACGACUUCAUUAAUUCUGGAAUACGUCAACUACACCUUCGGCGCCGAGAACUUCAAGUUCCACGCAUUCAUUGUAGACUUCGUCUGCCUAUUCUUUGGCUUAGACCCAGACAACUUUCGAGAGCGUCUGGACAACGCCGCAAACGCAUCCCCUAGCAACGAGAAUGCAGACGAAGCAUUCUCUGGCGGCGAGGACUCCGCUUCGUCCAAGCCGCGAAAGGGAGGUGCUGUUAAGAACGGCGGCCUACUCCGCGCAGCUCUGGACCGUGGCAGACCUGUCAAUCGUGCCAACGACAGCAACGCCGGCAGUCGCGCGUCGACGCCCGGUCAUGGAUCGAACGCCGAGGAUGAAGUCGCCGAUCCUAUUGCAGAGGCGGAGAACCGACAAGAUGUUGGUUCCGCGCGCUGGCUCGAGCACCCUAUGGAUAACAACAAGCUGGCCGGCAAGAAUAUCAACCCGCACGAGCCGCAGUCUCGCAACACGUAUCGACUGUGGGCCAACACAUCAAUCUUCUGCUUCUUUCGCCUGUUCCUCAUGCUCUAUGAGCGACUCUGCGAUUUAAAGAGCGCGGAAGCCGAAGUCAAGGAGGCUGUGCUCAACGCCUCACGCGCGAAGCCUGCCAUAGAAUUGGGCAUCGUUGACAAGCUUCCCACUGAAUAUUUCACCCGGAGCGUGGAUGGUGUGAGCUACUACGAUCAGAUGCUGGACAAAUUCCGCGAGGUGUUGAAGCAGGAGACGGAGUACGCAGAAGUCGAAGACACCUUGCGCCGCUUCUACCUGUCCCGAGGCUAUCGACUCUACGCGUUCGAAAAGAUCAUCUCGACCAUGGCACGCGAUGCGGAAAACAUCUUGAAGAACGACGGUAAGGACAAGUCCGCGGACCUCUUUGCUUUGUUCAAGAAGGACCGACAGAAGGAGAGCACGACGGUACAGCAGCAGGCGGAUUACCGCAAGGCCGUCGAGAAGAUGGUCAAAGAUUCAGAGAUUUAUCGCAUCGACUAUGUAAGUGGCACCGUCACCCUUUUCCUCGCAGCAUAAGAAGCGCGGGAAGAAUAACCAGCACAAGCAGGAUCAGGAGGCCAGCAGGGUCAAGAUCUUCCUCUCGAAACGCGACGAUCUCAUUUCGGACGACGGACUCACGGUCAUGGAUCGCGAAAACAAAUGGCGCUAUUACAUUGCAUCUUAUACCUCUGUCGACCCGACGGACGGUGUGGAUACCAAUGCUGUCUCGCAACCGCUGCUGUGGCGUAGUAUUCGGGCGUUCGGAGCGGAUCCUCGUGAGACUUCUUUUACGCUUGAGGGAGAAGAGCGAGCAAUCAGCAUGAAGAACAACGAGCAAUUGGUUCUGAGGAUCGCGGUGAAUACUUACAAGCCCGUCUUUGAGGCCAAGACGGCGGAGAGUUUCCAUGCUUCCUUCCCUAGUCGACAACGGGGUGCAGAAGGAUGUGAGGCGGUCGAGAGUGUCAGAAGCCAGAGGGAUGAUGAGAUGCUGGAUCGGUUUGUGCACAUCAACAAAGCCAUGACUGGAGCUAGUGCGGAGAGCGUGGAGAGCGCAAAUGCCACGUUCUCAACCUUGGUGGAGAAGGGUGUCGGUGCUGGCUCUGGCGACGGGGAAGCGAUGGACGUUGACGAGUGA